UUCAUCGUCAUUCUCCGUGUUUUAACUCCGCGAAUGUGUGGCUGCGUAUGUCCCCUCCUCUCCUUCGCUAGUUCACUUCAUUUCCCACCACUGCUCACCUCCAGCGCCGGGCAGCAGAAUGGCAGCGGCGGCCCCCAACCCGGAGGAUUCCGCCAGGAGCUGCAGUAGUGGCGGCACCGGCACACCUAGCGCCCUUGCCGGAGACGGGGACGCCGAGGAGACCGAGGAUUUCUCCUCCUCCUCCCACUGCUCGGAGCUGUCUCGGCGGCAGAACGAGCAGAGGAAGCAGGGUUUAUUCUGCGAUGUGACGCUGGCCUUCAGCAGCGGGGUGGCUACCGGGAGCGUCCAGAGCUGUGAGUUUUCAGCCCACAGGUCUGUCCUGGCUGCGGCCACCGAUUAUUUCACCCCUCUGCUGGGAGGACAGUUUUCCGAGUCCUUGUCCGGACGGGUAGAGAUGAAGGAAUGGAGCUCAGAACUGGGGCCGGACCCGGAUACGGUGGAGAGUGUCAUCCAGUAUAUGUACACGGGAGAAAUACGCGUUAGCACCUGCAAUGUACACGAAGUACUGGAGCUAGCUGAUAGAUUUCUCCUGCUGCAACUAAAGGAUUUCUGUGGUGAGUUCCUUAAGAAGAAGCUGAGCCUGACCAACUGUGUGGCUGUGCACAGUCUAGCCCACAUGUACACCUUGGACCAGCUUGCUCUACGGGCUGCAGACAUGAUCCGCCGCAACUUCCACAAGGUUAUCCAGGAUGACGAGUUCUACACGCUGCCCUUUCACCUGGUCCGAGACUGGCUGUCCGAUGCAGAGAUAACAGUGGAUUCUGAGGAGGUGCUUUUUGAGGCUGUGGUGAAGUGGGUGCAGAAGAACUCGGAGGAGCGAAGUCGCUACUUUGAGGAGCUGUUCCGUCUCCUGAGGCUGCCCCAAAUCAAGCCCACCUACCUGACCAGGGUGGUGAAAAAUGAACGGCUGGUGGCUAACAACGAAGCCUGUCUUCGGCUGGUGUCAGAGGCAGUAGAAGGCCACGCCAUCCGCUUUGAGAACCUCAAGUCAGCUGAUAUGGAGUUCUGGUCUUCCCACAUGGCCUCCUUUCAGCCUCGCUUUGGCCAGAACAUGGACGUUAUCAUGGUUGUAGGUGGUGUGUCAGAGGGAGGGGACUACCUGAGCGAGUGUGUGGGCUACUUCAUUUACGAGGACCGUUGGGUCAACCUGCCGCACAUCCACAACCACCUGGAUGGCCAUGCCAUCGCUGCCACCGAGUCCCACGUCUACGUAGCAGGCUCUAUGGAACCAGGCUUUGCUAAGACAGUGGAACGGUACAAUCCCAAUCGUAACACCUGGGAGCAGGUGAGCAACCUGACCACACGUAAGCACUCCUUUGGCCUCACCUGCAUUAAGGAUAUACUGUACAGCAUUGGUGGCCACGGAAACUUCAGUCCAGGCUUCAAAGAUGUUAGUGUAUAUGAGCCUGAGCAGGACAAGUGGCACAAUCUCGAAUCUGCGCCCAAAAUCCUGCGGGAUGUGAAGGCAGUCAGUGUGGAGGACCGUUAUGUGUACGUCACGGCACGCACGCCUGUUGAUACGGAUAAUGAGGACGGACUGAAGACAGUGACCACUCGCUAUGACACAGAGAGCCGCCAGUGGCAAGAUGUUGAUUCCCUGCCCCUUAUUGACAACUACUGCAUCUUCCAGAUGGCUGUGGCCUCUACUAACUUCUACCACACAGCCUCCUGCUGCCCCAAGAGCUACGCAGUGAGGGAUGAGGUUGCAAAGCAGAAAAUCAGUGUGCGCAUCUCUGAUGAGAUCCUGGAGAGCCUGCCACCAGAGGUUACCAGCAUAGAGGGUGCUGCUAUCUGCCACUUUGAUGAGGAUGUCUUUAUCAUCGGAGGCUGGAAGAACAGCGAUGACGUGGACAAGCAGUACCGCAAGGAGGCCUACCGUUACUGUGCUGAGAGGAAGCGCUGGAUGCUGCUGCCGCCCAUGCCUCAGCCUCGCUGCCGAGCCACCGCCUGCCACGUCCGCAUCCCCUAUCGUUUCCUGUAUGGCUGCCAGCGCUACCCCAUGCCCCAGAACCUGGCCCGGCAGCGAGAUCGCAUGCAGCAGAUGCAGCAGCUUCACCGGCGCACGCUCACCCUGCGCCGGCAGCUCCAGUCACAGAUAGAGUGCUGAGCAAGUCGGCUCCACUGCAAGCCGCCAUUCCAUUGCAGCCAUCUUCAUCAGCCUUCACUCACUCAUACGUAACAUGCAGCAGAGGGUCCUGUGUCGCUGUCACACUGGAUUUCAUUAAACUGAACCCUGUGCCAUCAGCUCUCAUGCUGUGUUGUGUUAAGGACUGAUUUGUCGAAAGCCAUGAAACGUGCAAGCAGGUGCGUACUGACCGGCUGGUGGUUUGUGAAGAGGUAUAAGGCUAAUGUAAACAUGUGAAUAAGAGUGUUAUAUAGUAGCCAACAACUGAAUAUCCUCAUGUCAAGUAUGUUGGUGUAGAUGCUGUUUAUCUGUGUGUACAUAAAUAAUAUAAAACUGUAUAUGUAAACAUUUCUAUGGAUAUUUGACAUUCCUUUAUUGUAUCCCCAUACUGGAAAAGCUAUGUGAUAUUAAUAAUAAGUGCAUUCCUGCAUUCAGUCCAGUUCGCUUAAUGAAAUCUCAUUCCAUUGUAACACUGUGACAAUCUCCUCAUGAAAGUAUAACAUCAGUUCAGAAGUCUUAACUCACUCCUCACAAACAGCUUCUAUCAUAAUUGUUCUAUUAGAAUGGCUCUUCUUGUUACUGUCCAGCCUAGACAAGUAAAUAUGAACUAAUUCAGAUAAGAUGUUAAUCUAAAAUCCUGUAGAGUAGUUUGCUUUUUAGAUUGCAGUUUCUGUCAUUUUUGUUGCUCAUGUAACACUUGAAAACUAGUGAUCCCUUUCUGAAGAGAUGAAGUGAUGAGAGAAAUGUUCUGGUGAAAAGAUGUGAUUAGAUGUGAUGAAAUUGUUCCUUUUGAGUUUUCUAAAUAUUGACAUAUUCAAUCUGGCCACUGAGAUAAGCACCAAUCACUGGCAGUGGCUGAAUCAUUGGCUCAUUCAUUCCUUCCUUCCUUUUUUUUUUUUUUUUUUUUUUUUUUUUUUGCACUUUCACAUUGCUCAGUGGUUUCCCAUUCAUUCAAGAAUACAUAGAAAAUGUGUGUGAGUGCUGGAGAAUGUAUGAUUUGUGUUUGCAGGGCAAAGCUUCUCUACAACUGCACUUUUUGACAUCUAACUUUAAAGUCUUAUAUAAACAUAGGGAUUUAAUUUGCCACUGCACUUUGACUUUGCAUUUCAUUUGUUCCAUAUCAGACAAGGUGAUUGUACUUUGGAAAGAGUUUGUUUUAGCUAUCUUCCAGACAGUAAGAUGUGAUGCUCUUUGAAAAGAAGUUCUCAUUAUUUGUGGAUUUGUUUCCAACAUUAAAGGUCUUGUAAGACCUUGUGUUACUGUACUUCACCUGAAGCUGGAUGUAUAUCAGAGAUCUGCAUUAUUGUUCUGUGGUUUCUUUUCACCCUCCAAAGAGGCUUAGAGGUGAGAUGAAAAGGAGUCAGAUUUAUAGGCAAAAUGAAAGGGAUUGUUUUAUGAAUGUGUUGUGACUGACAUUCAGAAAUUCCCGAUGUCCAUGCAGCGCCUGUUGCGGCCUAAUGGUUACAGAGCGUAGAAAUGAUAUUCAUUUCCACUUUAUGACCAACAUAGAUAGCACUGCAAAUAUUACGUGUAAUAAGCUAUGUAAUUUUCUUUGCAUGUGAUAGUCUGACAUUGUGUCCUUAUAUUGGAUGUAAUAAAUGCUCAUGUCAUCACUUGCGAUUAAAGCUGUUUUGUAAGACAAA